AUGAACCCCGCAAGGAACCCAGUGUUGCAAGUGUUCAGCAAUAAGGCCAUGACCCUCAGCAUAUUGUGUAAGAUCUUGGCAUUCAGAACACUCUCACUCUUGGCAUUCAGAACACUCUCACUCUUGGCAUUCAGAACACUCUCACUCUUGGCAUUCAGAACACUCUUGGGUGGUAACACUCUCGGCAUUGAGAAAAUCUUAGUUGUAGAUUACUUAGGACUGGGAUACAUGAAGGCAAUGCUGGAGUACUUGCAGUGUCCGAAGAACUCAGACGUACCCGAACACGUUUGGUUCAACGGACACCGACAUCAGUAA